UACGGCAGAAGGGAAAAUAGGAGUUCGAGGAGGGAGGUGUCGCUGUGCGGCGGCGCGCCCGAGGCUGGUGGGAAAUCGCCCGAGCGUCGCGCUGGUGUCGCUUUACGGCGGCGCGGCGCCAAUCGGGCCGCAAUCGCCUCCCCGCGACCCUGGGCGGCUCGAGCGUGACGCGCGAAGGGGGAAGUCGCGGCGGCGGCCGCGCUUUGCGGUAGAGGCGGCAGCGCGACAGAGGAGCCGUCCGGCUUUACGGCAGUAGCGGGAUGAGCCUUUACGAGCUGUUCCGGGGGUUCUUCGGCUUCCCCCGGGGCCGCAGGCCCCGAGACCCUUUCUUUGGGGGCAUCACCCGGGAUGAGGAUGAGGAGGAUGAAUAUGAUGAAGACGGGGGCCCCUCAUUUGGGGUGCCCCCCACCGAGGACUUUGGGUUCAGCUUCAGCGGGAUGCGCUUCCACGACAACUUCGGCUUUGACGAGCUUUUCCGUGACUUUAACGAGCUCUUCAAUGAGAUGGGGGCCUGGACUCUGCCCUGCCAGCCUUUCGAGCUUCCUGCCUCCGAGGCUGCCCCACCUGCCUCGGACCAUCUGAGUGAGGAGCAGAAACGGCAGGCGCUGCGGGACUCGAUGCUCAAAUAUCCAGACAGUCACCAGCCCAGGAUCUCUGAAGAGGGCCUAGUGCCUGGGAGGGACUUGGGGGAUGGUGCGGGCCUGGCAGCCCCAGGCAUGAGGCCUUGGCAGCCGUUUGCUGGGCUGGGAGAGAUGCAUCCGGCUCCCCCAAGUGCCAGAGAGGACAAAGAUCUGGAUUCCCGAGUCUCCUUGGAGGGGCUGGAGACGGUCCUGAGACCAGGCGAGCCGAAGGCCCACUCUUAUUUCCAGAGCGUGUCCGUCACCACGGUGACAGGGCCCGAUGGGACCGUGGAGGAGCGUCGGACAGUGCAGGACAGCCAGGGGCGCAGAGAGACCGUCGUCACCCGCCGCAGAGGGGACCAGACCCCUGUCACCACCAUCCCGGAGGGCGGGCAGGACAAGGACCCUCAGGAGGAGGACACCAUCCCGGAUGAUGAGGAGCUGGUGCAGUUUGUGGGUGACUGGCAGCAGCAGAGGGGGCUCCGCACUCCAGACCUGGGCGACCCCUUUUCCUUCCUGGAGACCUUCCUCCGUGGCUGGUUCUCAAGCCGAUAGCCUUGGCCUCCCUCGGAGCAUCCCUGGGAGUCCCCGCAUGUCUGAACCCCAGCAGCGAAACCUGAGGCUACGCCAGGCCCUGGUACCCUGUGCUGGACGGGCUGCCUGCUUUCCAGGGGGAUCACUGAGCUGCAGUCCCCUCCUGCCUCUACGGGGGGGGUGCCAUGUACAUGCAGAGGAAUAAAAUCCAUUUAUGCCACAGG